GUCAAAAGUGUCAAAACAUUAAAUUAAAUUUGUAAAUCUGAAAUCGCAGCACCGUCGUCUUCAGCUUCUGCAAUCAAUUUAUUACUACCUCCGCCCUAAAUAGGAAACACGUUCAUUAAUACGGAAGAUUUAUAAAUGCUCUUCAGACAUGGAAGAAGAAACGCAAGACAAUAAACCUUCCGCUUCUAUUUUUUCACGAUACAGGAGUCCAACAUUUAGUAGAAAUGAAGUUCAAACCUUAAUAAAUAUUGUCGAAAGACAUAAGUACACAAUCCUUAAUAAAUCAACUAAUUCGGCUGUGAACCAGGCCAAAGAGCUUUCAUGGGAGAAGAUUAGUAAAACAUUUAACAGUAGGGGUUUCAAGCAUGAGAGAACCUCAGAUUGUUUGAAGACAAAGUGGGAGAAUCUUAAAAAGGAUGCAAGAAAACUUGCUAAAAAUUUAGUAGAUGACAACAAUAGUUACACUGAUCUGACUAGGCAAAUAGUGGCCAUGAUGUCUGACGUAGAGGCCAAUGCUCCUAUGGAACAGAGCCAAAACAUGGAAGAUAAUGAAGAAUUUAAUGAGCCUGUUUCAAAUGAUGAAAAAUUAAGUCAAAACAUGAAAAUAAAGUCCUAUUGGGAGAGUGUAGAAGAAAAGGAUUCUGAGGACUCGCAUGAUGGAAAUGAUGGUGAAAGGAGAACCAACCGAUCCCUCAAUUUCGCCCCACAAGAGUGCAGCCUCCUACUGGAAUGUGUCAGGAAGGAGAAGAGGCUGGUGUUCUCCAAGGAAUACAAUGCACAUUCUAUUGGGUUGAAGAAUAAAGCUUGGAAAAGGAUAUCUGAAGCCUUCAACAGUAAGAGUCCUCAAAAGAGGUCCCAGAAGGUUUUACGCACAAAGUUCAAUAACAUGAAAACAGUGGCUAAAACCAUGGGUAUCAAAGAUGCUGUUAGGAAUUUUGAUAUCAAUAAUACAAAACACGAAAAAUUGAUAAAUGAAAGCUCCAAGCCAAUUAAGUCGGAGCCUAUGUUCGAAAUGGAACUGGGGCUAAACGGGCCAGAUGACGACGACCGUGACAACUCGGACAGCAACCACUUCGCUCCAGAUCCGCUCAGCACUGUCCUUAAUAGCGACUCGGGAAUAGGUUCAACUCAUUCCAGUUCUUGGAGUCAAGAUAAUAAAGAAGUCGCAAAUUUAAAAUUGAAAUUAUUAAAUUACAAAAUGGAAACAGCGAGACUGGAAAGGCAAAGGCUAGAAGAAGCCGGUCUUGCAUCGGCCGCUCGCCGCUCGUCGGAGGCCGCGACCGCCGCGCUGCGCCUGCGCGCCGCGCGCCUCGAGGCCGUCGCGGCCGCCGCCAAGCUGCCGCCGCACCACCCCGCGCUCCUCUUCACUCCCGAGGAACAACCCGCGGAGAGAUACUUGCGACAGUAUGAACAUACUUGAGGGGAUGUUACUACUUUUAUUAUUGUUACUUUUUUGAACGGAGCAGUUGAACGCUUUCAUCGCUAAGAACAAUUAAAUUUAUGUCGUUGUUAGUUGUCCGGCCCGUAGCGCACAAAUUAUAAGUGUUAUCAAGCAACAUUCAGGUGUAAAGUUUACAUUUGAUUUUGGCAUGUGCAUGACAAAUUUACUAGUUGAUAUCACAAGCUUUGAGGUUCAACUUAAUAAAGCUCCUGUGUAUGUUUAUAAAAUGAACUUUACAAGUUUAUACACAAUCGCUGGAGCGUUAUUUAUACUAAACCGAUAUUUUCAUAGACAGCGUCAGCUCUUAUGGAUUAGUUUGUAAAUGUUCCUAUGACAUGACUGUUCGAGCUCGUGUAUGGGUGUUCUUGGCGGUCAAAGGGUUGUCAUUGAGUUCGGCAGUGACAUUCGUAGUCUGUGAAUUUGUCACUUUUGUUAUACCGCCGAAGGAAUCUCAAAUAAAAAUACAAAUAAUUAUUAGAUACGAAAAUUUGUAUAUUUUACUUAAUUGCAUUUUACAUGAUGAUAAAUUAUAGUUCAAUAUUAAAAUUAAUAUUUUUAAA